CGAUGCCAUGCACCGGCUGCUCGGACGCAUUAAAACCUUAUAAACUGAUCAGAUUUCGCAGUGAGAAAACCCCUGCUCCUGUGUUUGUGGACCGUUCCUCUGUUCCUUCACAUCCAGGCGAAGUGAGAGCAGCGCACACACAGCGCCAGACGGACCUGAGCGGGUUGGUGUGGAUAGCAGCAGAGCGCACGACUGAGGACUCUGUACAGCGAAAGUCCAACACAAAUGGAUAUUUACGUGACUUUGUUUUCCCUUUUCUUUUUUACCAAACCAGCUUUGGCUUUCGGAUCAGAUCAAGACUACCAGAUUGAUAUCAUCAAUGAACUUGACCUGGCAAAUGCCACCUAUGGAAUUACCCAAGUGGCGGGGCUUCACAACAUCAGCAAAGCCUUUCUUUUUCGAGAUGUUGGGAGAGCAGUUCACGCCCCGGCACACAUCACUGAGAAAGUGGUGCAGCUGUUCAGGAGUAAAAGUGAGUUUACCUUCUUGGCCUCCAUCCAGCAGAAGUCCUCCACAUCAGGAGUAAUAUUCUCCAUCCACGAGUCAGAACACAGUUACUUUGAGCUGGAGAGCAGCGGGGUGAGGGAGGAGAUCCGCUACCACUACCGCUUUAAAGGCAAGCCGCGCUCCGAGUCCUUCCCCUACCGCCUCGCUGAUGGACAAUGGCACAAGAUCGCUCUCACCAUCAGCGCUUCCCACCUACUGCUGCAUGUCGACUGUAACAGGAUUUAUGAGCGGGUGAUAGACCCCCCUCAGAUGGAGCUCACCCCAGGCAGUGGAGUGUGGCUGGGCCAGCACAGCCACAAGCAUGGCCUAUUCAAGGGAGUUAUCCAGGAUGUGAAGUUGAUUUUCACUCCCAACGGCUACAUCACACAGUGUCCAAACCUUAACCGCACUUGUCCGACCUGCAGCGAUUUCCUGAGCCUGGUGCAAGGCAUCAUGGACCUGCAGGAGCUACUGGCCAAGAUGACCCUGAAGUUGAACUACGCCGAGUCCAGGCUUACCCAGCUGGAGGGCUGUCACUGCGAGAGGACCUGCAACGCCAACGGCCUGGUCUACCGAGACAAGGAGCUGUGGGUGGAGCCGGAGAACUGCAGGAACUGUGCGUGUAAGAAUGGUGUGGUGGAGUGUCGUAGGAUUUUCUGUCCUCCGGCAAACUGCUCAGAGGAUUCGCUGCCUGUACAUGUUGACGGGACCUGCUGCAAGAAAUGCAGACCGAAGUGUACCUACAUGGGCCAGACCUUUUCUGAAGGCAAGCGCUUUCUAUCCAGGAGCUGCAGGGAAUGCAAGAACGGCCUGAUGGUGAAAGUCACAGAAAACUGUCCGGAACUCAACUGUACCGUCAGUGAACAGAUCUUACCAGACGGCAGAUGUUGCAAUGUUUGCAGAGGUUAUGACUUCUGCGCAGAGGGACUCAUUUGUGGAGAAAACUCUGAGUGUAAAAACCGGAAUACUAAAGCUGAGUGUGAAUGCAAGAGUGGCUAUGCCUCCAUCCACGGGGAUUCUACUUACUGUGAAGAUAUCGAUGAGUGUGCGACCCAGAUGCACUACUGCCAGUCCAACACGGCGUGUGUCAACCUGCCCGGCAGCCAUCGCUGUGACUGUCUGCCAGGCUUCAUCAGAGUGGACGAAUACUCCUGCACCGAGCAUGACGAGUGUGCCAGCGGCCAAAAUUUGUGUGAUGAGAACGCCAUCUGCACCAACACCAUCAGAGGACACCUGUGUACCUGCAAGCCGGGCUAUGUAGGCAACGGCACCAUCUGCAGAGCCUUCUGUGAGGAGGGAUGCAGGAGUGGAGGGACCUGUGUGUCACCCAACACGUGUGUCUGUCCCUCAGGAUUCACAGGACGUCGCUGUGAGACAGAUAUCGACGAGUGCGCAGAGGGCCUGAUUGAGUGCCACAACCACUCCCGCUGUGUCAACCUGCCCGGCUGGUACCACUGUGAAUGCAGAAGUGGUUUCCAUGACAAUGGCUCCUACCUGCUCGAUGGGAGCUCCUGCAUUGACAUCGACGAGUGCAGUUUGCAGACACACACCUGCUGGAAUGACAGCGUGUGUGUGAACCUCCCGGGAGGCUACGACUGUGUGUGCACGUCUGGUCCCGGCUGCAGCGGCGACUGCCCACAGGAAGAGGGAAUCAGACGCAACGGGGAAGACUGGAAACCGAGCUUUGACCGCUGUGCUAUAUGCUCCUGCAAGGACGGGCAGACGUACUGCAGGAGGAGGCCCUGUGACUGUGGAGACCCAGACGAAGAUCUGUUCUGCUGUCCCGGCUGUGACAACAGGCCCAGCAGUCAGUGUCUGGACAAGAGCGGACGCAAACUCUACCCAAGUGGAGCAUCCUGGCUGUACGGCUGCCAGCAGUGCCGUUGCAUGGAGGGGGAGAUGGACUGCUGGCCUCUGGUUUGCCCCGUGUUGAUGUGUGAGUACACGGCGGUGGCGGAGGGCGAGUGUUGCCCGCGCUGCGUCACAGACCCCUGCUUGGCCGACAACCUGUCGUAUGACAUCCGGCAGACGUGCCAGGACCCCGCAGGCGUCUUCCGCCUCAGCGGGGACACAUGGCAUAUGCCCAACUCACCCUGUACCACCUGCAAGUGUAAGAAUGGAAAUGUUUGCUGCUCAGUUGAUCUGGACUGCCUUCAGAACAACUAAAGCUCUCCUCCUCCUCCUGUCCUGUUCUCCUCCUUUCACUGCGGGACUGCCAUGCCCCCUUCCUCCAUCUGACAACCCUCCCCUUGGAUUCAUGAAUAAAACAGACUCACGCACACACAUGUGCAUGCCAGUGUGUGCACAGGAAGUACAAACACACACUGGACGGACUGGGGGUGUUGAGGCUGUGCUUUUAUGCCGUAACUCUGUCGACACAACAGUCAGUGAGUGAGUGAGUGAGUGAAUGGGUGUGUGUGUGUGUGUGUGUGUCUCAGGUGGAGACUGAGGCCAUAGUCACAACAGUCACUGUGUUGUGUAUGUGUCUUUGUGCUGUUUCCAUUUCACAACAUGUCUUGAGGAAACCUGUUUAGCAUUACGUCUCGAACCUCAAACCUGGAGACGAGCAGCGUGUCUUGAGUUAAGAGAAAGGAUUCACACCUGGAUAGAUGCUCCAGCUGUCAGCGUUACCUAACUGUGUGACUUAGUAUUGCUUGGUCAUCAUAAUACAUGUACUACUGUGGUAAUCAAAAGUAACACACCCCAAAUUUUAUACGAUGUGCUGUGAGGUGACACUAUCAGGAUGCAAAGUACUGAAACAAGAGAUAGUUUAAUGUAGUAAGUAACACCUCGCAAUGUAACAAAAAUAACCUUCAAGUCAGAUGGCACAGGUUUGGUUUCCAACUUUUCACACGGAGGUGAUUUUUUCAUGUUAUCUCAACUAAUAUUUUUUUUACUUUCUACUGUGACAAAUUAGCUUAGGAGCCAGGCAAAUCAGCAGGCUCUCUCCAGUUCCUGGGCCAAUUACAACCACUUAUUGUUUCAUACAAUGGCUGUACAGAGAAACACCACUGAGGCAUUUUCAUUAACAACCAUGUACUUGUGACAUCUGCAUCUCAUGUUGUGUUGCUUUCGAUGGUUGUAGGUCUAUCCCAUUGUGUUGAAAAAAUUAAAAAAACACUUGGGGACUGGAUUCGGCAACAUCCAUGAAUUUAAUAAGUCAUCAGGCCUGAAGAACACUUCAAAUGUGACAAUAAACACACAGCUCAUGCUUUCAUUGCAGCCCUCAGUAUCCCGUCAUGAUUUGAAGUGAAUUAUUACGACUUGUAUCAAUCAUGCUUGUUCCAGUUUUCACUCGUUUCUAAACUUUUAGUUUGAGGGCAACAUGUUUGUGGUGAACCGACUUAGAAAUAAGGGAUCUGAUGCAUUUCAGCCUGUGGCCUUUACCAAGGUCAAGACCAAAGGCUGCCAAGCAUCAGAAAGCAGUUUGAUCUGUGAGUCUGAGCCAUGUAAUUUGGAAACAAGGGGCAGUCUUGAGAGUGGAGUGCUGGAUCUGACUAUUUUUUGUAACAGAUAAUCUGACAAGCACGCCAGCUUCAUGCAAUGAUUGACCAGGCGUGUGGAGGUUAGAAAGCAUGAACUGAUUGAACUCAAAUUUGUCUGUCCACCAUUAGUCCCAUUUCAUCGUGUCUUUGCUCCUUUGAUGACCGAGCUGUUCCAAAUGGAGGGUGGAUGUUCGGAAGAGGAAGUUGCCAGACGUUUUUUAUGAAGUUCUUCAUUUCAAGCAUUCCCCGGCCCUCACUCUUAACCUGAAAUGACCCGACUUGAUGAACCACAUCCAGAGGAUCCAGACUCGAAAUUAGAACAUACACUUUCACACACUUUCUCUCUGCCUGAAUGUGUCAUUUUUGAUGACUGUCAGAUAGCUACCUACAUCAACAACAGAAAUCAAAAGCAUGUGAAAGCGAUGUGAUGUGAUGGUACGCAAUAGACAUCAGCUGAAGCUGUUGACUAAAUCGUCUGAGCUUGUGAUGCAUUGGACUCCACAAUUGUCUCCAAGGGCCCCUCAGCUCCGAACAUCCACACGGAAGAAAGAGAGAGCGAGUGGGGAUAAUUAAAGCCAUGUCACGCUGGUCUGGAUUUGAGUAUGCCAGGAGGUCACCAAGUGUCGAAUCUCUUUACAGACGGCCGGGCUAAUUAAGACAGGAGAGUCUGAUGCUUUUCACACAUUCACAGCUCUGACACUGCUCCGGUCUCCUACCCCGUCUUCUCCUCCACACCUCUCUGCAUUAUCCUCAAGUUUGUCUCAAGAGUGCCAACGUUUCCCUGAAGUGUCAUCAUUAUUACCCUGUUUGUCCAUCACUGGAUUUCUAACAUUGUGUCCAAAUUAUGGCUUCAAAAUGCGAACUAUGUGUUAUAGCCAUGAAAUAUGCUUCAACCAUGAAAUUAUUAGGUGAUAGCAGCAGAUAUCUGACAUGCCGAUUGCACCCUUUGGUCAGGUGAAACAGUUAUUCAGUCAAAUUUUGUUUUACAGCUCUUUAUAAAACAAUCAAAAUAGUUCAUUUGAGGCAAGUAAAGUAAUUUCAGUUAAAGGAUAAUUGUUUCUUUUCAAAGCUGGUACCAACAGUCAAGGUCUCUCUACACUUUGUUCUUCCUCUCUGGUUUUCCCGUACACUGUCAGCAUAGUUGCAGAUAUCAGAACUCUUUUUUUUAUUCCUCCAUAUACUGCUUCAGAGUGAAAAACAGCCCCCACAGAUUCAGAUAAUCCUCCAAAGUGAAAAUGAAACCUCCGUUUUGGCUUCAUUAAAAUUCCCUUUCCUUGUGAGAUGAUGUAACUCACCUGAAGCCCUAAAAGAUACUUGUAUUCCCCAUCAAAGUCUGAUACUGGAAAGCCUAGUGCAGACAGAUUUUACUGUCAUUUUACUGUCCCAGACACAUUUAAGAUCUGAGGCAAAAACCAUUGAGUAGGCAUGGCUGGAGUCAUUCCACUCACUACGACAUAUUAAUAUUAUAGCCAAAACAAGACGUAGAGCACUUUGCAUAGUCAAUUUUAUCGCAUGUUUCCAUUCAAUGUUACAUUUUCCAAGCAGAAAAAUCAAUGCGUUCGAUCUGAGAUCAGUUGUUUCAUUUGUGCUCACAAACAUCGAUAUGUUAACACCCUGAAUGAAAAAUGUCUUAUUAGUGUUGUAGUCUGUUCUAGCUGAAGGAAAAACUUUGAUGAAUUUUUUUUUUGGAAUAGGAAUCGCCGUCAGGGGUGACCUUGGUCUUUGGAGUUGAAAACAAACGUCUCCGCCAUCUCCCUCUCUCUCUCCCGCUGACCUCUGUUUAAUGCCAAACUACUUCUUGUUUCUGGUCCCUCACAGAAACAGUGGGAAAAGAUGUUUUUCUACCCUUUCGUGCACCGAGCGCGUUGUUUGGACUCUCAAACACGGUGGCCGUUUCACAAACUUUUGAGAAAGGUGAUGCUGGUUGUUUAACCUCUGGAGGGGGACAGCGGCCCCCGGCGAGGCGUGCCACUGCUCCGACCUCCCAAUGUCCUUGUUUGCCACCACAUCUGGUUGUGUCUCGACCGAGCAUUCUCUCUGUGUACUCUCCUCCAUUUUCACAAUGCCUCUUGUAAAACUGAAAAUCAAUGUCAACUGUGCACAAAGUACACACAAAAGAAAAACAAGUGAUGUAAAUGGUAUCUGUACUCAUCAAAGUUUAACACAGCAAUCAGAAGCAGACAUUUGUACAAACGAUCACUGGAAACAAGUUUUCAGAUUGCUCUGUUGAUUGAUUUGAUAUGAAAUAUAAUGUAAACACUAUUUGCAAGUCUGUGUGUAAAUGUUUUUACAUACUGACGAUAUGAUAAAAUUAUACAGUUUUUUAAUUAUCAUUGUGUUCAUGAAUAACGUAUUCAUUUUAGUGGACUGCUUUUCUUUUUGUGGGAUAGGUUCUGUUCUGCUGUAAAUACUGUGUAAAGCGAAGGGUUCUGUAAAGAGAGUAAGACUAUGUGAAUAAUUCUCACGACGGCUUCUUAGGAUCAGAGCGUUGCAAGUGGAGGGUGAAAGAGAAGCAACAUUUCUAUUGUUUCUACUAUUUCUUUAUUUUUCUAUUCUUGCCUUAACCCUUUUAGUAUGUCAUCCUUUAAUGUCGUUUCACUGUUUUAGGACAACAUGGAUUGGACUAGCCCGUGUGUUUGUACAGUUCUCAGAUCAGUGAGUGACCCUCACUGAAAGCCGAGAGUCAACACAAGUGGAUUUUGGGGGGAAUCAGAAUGAGCUUUGACCAGCAUCUGUUCCUGGCGUCUUUGCAAAAAAAAAAAAAAAACGACGAGAAGCUUGGACAGACUUUUCACUUCACACUUUUAUUUUUUUUCCCCAACACUCGUCCGUAUGAACUGAAAAAACAGACAAACUAGAACUAUGUACACAUGUAAAAAAAAAAAAGAGAGAGAGAAAAAAAAUCUGAUGUUGAAAAUGACAAUGUUGUCUUGAUUCAGUUCCUACUAAAAAAAAAAAAAAAAAAAAAAAAAAAA